AUGAGUAUCCAAGUACAUUUCAAUAACAUUGAAUUGUCAGUUAUAUCUAUUCCUAGGUCAAAGCUAUGGAUCUUCACCAACCCAAUUAUACAACUAUUAUACGACUCGAUACCAGAGGAAGACAAGCAUAGUGAUUCGGGGCCCAGUAGCGAAGAUGGGACAGCCAGCGAUGACUACGAAAAUGAGGGGGAGGACACGGAAACAUUCAUAAACAGUACAGGUAGCCAGUUUACAAAGUUGAGUACGGAUUUCAACAAUUCCAGCCGCAAGUCGGUUGAUAAUUCAAGCAAGCCACAAUCGCACCAAACGUUUACAGACAAUCCUCAGGGUAACGAUCACGAGAGACACGAAGAAAGCUUUUUCCAUGUUGGGCUAACGCAAACUGAAUGUACGAUUAUUUGCUCCACGAGAUUGACGAACAAGUUCUUUACACAAGCCUUGGCAUUAUGCAAAGAGAUGGGCUACACUGAUGUGGAGAUUUUACCGCAACAGUACUUGAGUUUAAUAGUUGACUCGGAUAGUGGAUUUGCUAGAUCCCUCAGAAUCUUGGAAUUGACAAAACCGUUAUCUGAAAAUGACGUUGCCCUUUUCUACAUUUCUUCUCAUUUCAAUGACAUUGUUCUAAUUCCAUCUGACUUGAGAGAUAGAGUCCAACAAAUCUUGAUUCUGGAACAUUUCAUCUUUUCAGAGUCGUCAAAUAGUUACAUUUCCACAUACGAUAUUGAAGAGAGGGAACAACCUGCUCUACUAGAAUCGCACAAAAAGACGUUUGAAUUAUUGGCAAGAGAAGAGAUUCACCCUCAAAUUCACGAAAAGCACAAGGUGUUGCUAACUGGAGCCAGACCUGGCGAAAUAAAAUAUUGCGUAUUGAAAACAAUCAAACUAAUUUCAUUAGCAAAUACUUCACAACCGUCAUACUUUGCCAUUACAAGAACAUUUUCCAAUGAAUUGAGUUUGGUUUUACCAAAAUCGCCUAAAUUGAGAUCCAGAUAUGGAUUCAAAUCUACAAGCACUAUUGGUCUGUCUCAAGACGUUUUGGUGCCCGUUGCAAUGGACUUGUCAAAACUUCCCUUGAACUGCACUGGCAUAGUAGCUGGGUUAGCAAAUAAGUUGAUCAUCCAAGGAGGAAAUGUGCUUGAAAUUGGGUAUUUGUCUAUGGCAAAGUCAGCCGUUAUAUUGAUUCCAAAGGAGGAUAUAGAUUUGGUGAGAAACAUAUUGAAGGAGUUUUGA